AUGGGGCCUAAGAGAACGCACAUGAGUGCGGUAACCGCCAUUCAACCUGGGGAUCCGCUACCUCGCGAGCGAAAGCGACGAUACAGACCAGGCACCGCUGCUCUCAAGGAAAUUCGAAGGUACCAGCGAUCAACCGAUCUAUUACUAUCAAAACUUCCCUUCUCUCGUCUGGUCCGAGAUGUGGCCCUGCAGGUACGUCCCGCCUCAGAGGGUUGGCGCUGGCAAUCACAGGCUAUACAAGCCCUCCAAGAAGCCGCGGAGGCCUUUCUUGUCCAUCUAUUCGAAGAUACAAACCUUUGUGCUAUCCAUGCCAAGCGGGUCACCAUCAUGCAAAAAGAUAUUCAACUUGCGCGGAGAAUCCGAGGCGCAUGGGGUGGAUUAGGCUAG